GCCACAUUCCCCCCCCCUCCCUCACCCCUUCUCCCCUACACACACAGCAGCAGCGGCAGAAUCCUUUCCUCUUCUCCCCCCUCCCUCUCCUCUCUCUCACUCUUUCCCCGGGACAGCGUAUCCAGAUCCGCAUCUUUACUCAAGCCGAAGAGGAAGAGGAGAGAGAGACACUAACAUACAUCCUCCCCCCGCCCCAACAAUAAUUUAUCCCACCCCUUCCCCUCUCCCUCCCCCCCCCCAAAAAAUCCCCCCCACACUUAGCGGGAACUUGUCAGAGAAUGCUCCUAAAGUCCUCUUUGCUGCUGCUGCUGCUGAUCAGUGCAUCCGCAUCCUAUGAAGCUGAGCAGAAUGACUCUGUGAGCCCCAGGAAACCCAGGCUGGCAGCCCAGAACUCAGCAGAGGUGGUUCGCUGCCUGAACAGCGCCCUCCAGGUGGGCUGCGGAGCCUUCGCCUGCCUGGAGAACUCCACCUGCGAGACGGAUGGGAUGUAUGACAUCUGCAAGUCCUUCCUCUACAGUGCUGCUAAGUUUGACACUCAGGGCAAAGCUUUUGUGAAAGAAAGCCUGAAAUGCAUUGCAAAUGGGGUGACAGCCAAAGUGUUCCUGGCCAUCAGGAGGUGCUCCACCUUCCAAAGGAUGAUCUCUGAGGUGCAGGAGGAGUGCUACAGCAAGCUGGACAUGUGCGGCAUCGCCAAGCGCAACCCUGAAGCCAUCACAGAGGUGGUUCAGCUUCCAAAUCAGUUCUCCAACAGAUACUACAACAAGCUGGUGAGGAGCUUGCUGGAGUGCGACGAGGAGACUGUGAGCACCAUCAAGGACAGCCUGAUGGAGAAGAUUGGGCCCAACAUGGCCAGCCUCUUCCACCUGCUGCAGGCAGACCACUGUGCCCAGGGCCACCCGCGGGCAGACUUCGCCCGGAGGCGCAGCAGCGAGCCCCAGAAGCUAAAACUCUACUUCAGGAACCUCCGAGGUGAAGGCUCUGCCCCUGCCCACGCCAAGCGCAGCUCCGCCGAGAGCGCCUGA